AUUCAAAGAUAAAGCAUCGACAGCAGCAGGCAGAGUCAGCUGACGUCUCACCAUCUCCUCUCUCCUCUCUCCUCUCUCCUCUUUCAGGACGCCAGAGGCUGCUGUACCAGCUGGCCGGCGUGGUGCCCAGCCCGCUGCUCCUGGAGCUGCUGAGCUGUCCUCUGUGCGCCCGCAGCCUGGAGACCUUGGAGCUGGAGCUGGGAGACCUGGAGGGGGGCCGGGGAGAGGCUGACGGACUGCACGACUUCCCGCAGAGCGGGGAUCUAAGAAGCGGGCGAGGUCGCAGCAGACGGCGGGGAGGCUUCCAGUACAGAACGGAGCCGUCCGGGCCUUGUGGGAUUCAGGGAGAAGACUGAAGAGGAUCGUGGAGAGCAAAUACUUCAACGAGGGAUCAUGAUCGCCAUCCUUGUCAACACUCUGAGCAUGGGGAUCGAGUACCACCAGCAGCCGGAGGAGUUGACGGACGUGUUGGAGAUCAGUAACAUCGUCUUCACCAGCAUGUUCGUCCUGGAGAUGGGCUUCAUGCUGCUCGCCUUCGGCCUGUUUGGAUACAUCAGGAACCCGUACAACAUAUUCGACAGCAUCAUCGUUAUAAUCAGUGUGUGGGAAAUAAUCGGCCAAUCAGACGGCGGGUUGUCAGUCCUUCGAACGUUUCGCCUGCUGCGGGUCCUGAAGCUGGUCCGCUUCCUGCCGGCCCUGAGGAGACAGCUGGUGGUGCUGAUGAAGACCAUGGACAAUGUGGCCACUUUCUGCAUGCUGCUGAUGCUUUUCAUCUUCACGUUCAGCAUCCUGGGAAUGCAUCUGUUCGGCUGUAAGUUCAGUCUCCGGACAGAAAACGGAGACACCAUCCCCGACCGCAAGAACUUUGACAGUCUCCUCUGGGCCAUCGUCACCGUGUUCCAGAUUCUUACCCAGGAGGACUGGAACGUGGUGUUGUAUAACGGCAUGGCCUCCACCUCUCCAUGGGCCGCGCUCUACUUUGUCGCUCUCAUGACAUUUGGCAACUAUGUGCUCUUCAAUUUGCUGGUGGCCAUCUUGGUGGAGGGCUUCCAAGCUGAGGGUGACGCUAAUCGCUCAGAGUCGGAUGAUGAGAAGAAAUCCGACAACUUUGAGGAGGACGAGAAGGUGGAGCAGCUCAGGGACACUGAGCUGAAGAUGUACUCUCUGAUGAUGACGGCCAACGGUCACGUCGACCCACGCGGGACGAUGGCUCCUCCCAUAAUCAUGCGAACGGCCGCCACUCCCAUGCCGACCCCGAAAGGUUCCUUAGGACCUGAUUCUAUCCUCGGGGAUGAGCUCAUGGGGGUGCCGCAGUACGGCGAGGUGGGACUGGGCUUCUCUGAGGGAGGAGGGUUCAGUCACACAGAGUCUCGCCGUGGAAGCUCUGCGUCUAUCGAUCCGUCGGCGUACGAUCAGCGCUCUCUGAGUCUCUCAAGUCCCGGCCGUCGCUCCCCUCUCCCUCCCCGCUCAUGGGGCAGCCGCCGCUCCAGCUGGAACAGCCUGGGAAGGGCGCCGAGCCUCAAAAGGCGAGACACCAGCGGGGAGCGGGAGAGCCUGCUGUCCGGGGAGGGUGGAGAGGAGGAAGACGGCAGCGAGGACACAGGGGAGAGCAGACUUCAGCCGGAGCAUUUGGAGCUGCUGCAGGCUUCCUCUCUCUGCCCCUCCAUAAUAACUGAAUAUGGUGACUGUAAUGGGAGGACCAUGACCUACGACCCCAACAUGAGCACGGAGUCAAAGGACGACUCCUCGCCGGAGGAUGACUUAGACGAUGACAGCUCUCUGUGCUACUGGAUCAAGAAGGAGGUCCGGAGCAUGAAGCCUCGCUGGUGCAAAGAGCACGAAGAAUGGAAUCUGUAUCUGUUCGCUCCAGAGAACCUAUUCCGGGUGUGGAGCCAGAGUGUGAUCUCUCACAGACUGUUCGACCAUAUCGUUCUGGUUUUCAUCUUCCUCAACUGCAUCACCAUCGCUCUGGAGAGACCCGAUAUACCGCCCAACAGCUCGGAGCGAGUGUUCCUGAGGGUGUCCAACUACGUAUUCACUGUGAUCUUCCUAGCAGAAAUGGCCAUUAAGGUUGUAGCUCUCGGUUUCUGCUUCGGGAAGCAGACUUACCUCCAGUCCAGCUGGAACGUCCUGGACGGCUUGUUGGUCUUCGUGUCUAUGGUCGACAUUCUGGUGUCUCUGGCGUAUACCGGCGGGAACAGGAUCUUGGGAAUCCUCAGAGUCCUCCGUCUGCUGCGAACACUUCGCCCACUGAGGGUGAUCAGUCGAGCUCCGGGGCUGAAGCUGGUCGUAGAAACACUCAUCACCUCGCUCAGACCCAUCGGAAACAUCGUCCUCAUCUGCUGCGCCUUCUUCAUCGUCUUUGGGAUCUUGGGGGUUCAGCUGUUCAAAGGGAAGUUUUACCACUGUGAGGGUCUGGACACCAAAAACAUCACCAACAAGUCCGACUGUCUGCAGGCCAACUACCGCUGGAUACGCAGGAAGUACAACUUCGACAACCUGAUUCAGGCUCUGAUGUCUCUGUUCGUGCUGUCCUGUAAGGACGGCUGGGUCAACAUCAUGUAUGACGGUCUGGACGCAGUGGGAGUGGACCAACAGCCCGUGAGGAACCACAACCCCUGGAUGCUGCUCUACUUCAUCUCCUUCCUGCUCAUCGUCAGCUUCUUCGUCCUCAACAUGUUCGUCGGCGUCGUGGUGGAGAACUUCCACAAGUGCCGGCAGGACCAGGAAGAGGAGGAGGCCCGCCUACGGGAGGAGAAGAGGCUCAAAAUGAUAGAAAAAAAGCGCAGGAGUAAGGAGAAUGGAGGGGCUGGUCGGUAGUCUAUUUUUCUGAGCACUGCCUGCUUUCAGAGCCUGAGAGAGAGAACGAGAAUGAAAGAGAGGAGACAGGGAAAGAUGAUGCGGCUAUAAAAAGAGAGAGAGAGGGAGAGUUUAAAAGACUGGCUAGCUCUCGCUGACGGUGAUUGAACACUGACUCAAAGCGUCGGCUAUGCCAGUCUGUGCAUGUGACUGCAUGAAUGCAACAUCCCCCCCAGACCCAACCUUUAACCUGCAUGUGGAACUAAUGAAACCAUUAAAAAUCUAAAUUUACGCUCACGCUCAGACGAGCUCCAGCACUAAAACAUGAACAGUUCUUUGAAUCCGGCCCAAAAACCCGUCCUGAUGUGAACCCUUCCACUUAGAGAAACCUGGGUAUAAACACACGUUAUACUUGAUUGUUAAAGGGAACCCUUGCAGCCCUACUCUUGCAUGUGACGCUGAUUCAGGUUGAUGCUACCCUUCGAAAUUCCGAUUGGUGAAAUGCCAAUGUCCCCUUCCCUUCCUGAGUGCAUGUGCAGCCCUGAGCCUGAGGCGUCUCUCGACACGUGGA